CUGGCAAAGAGCACUGGGAAAUGGCGCCUUUGCUCCUCUCCUCGCUGACGGAGCCCCUGGGCACAGGCACACUGUUGUCUUCUCUCUCUCUCUCACAGGGGCUGCUGAGCUGUCAUGGGGAACACCACCAGCGAACGAGUGUCUGGGGAGCGCCAUGGCUCCAAGUCCCACCGCUCAGAUGGCUCCAGUGCCCCCCACCCCGCCAAGGAGCACGCACACAAGAUCAUGGUGGGCAGCACUGAUGACCCCAGUGUUUUCAGCUCCCAGGACUCCAAGAUUCCUGGGGACAAGGAGUUUGUGUCAUGGCAGCCAGAUCUGGAGGAGUCAGUGAAACCAUCCCAGCAGGCUCGUCCCACUGUCAUCCGUUGGGCCGAUGGAGGCAAAGAGGUCUUUAUCUCUGGAUCCUUCAACAACUGGAGCACCAAGAUCCCACUCAUCAAGAGCCACAAUGACUUUGUCGCUAUCCUGGACCUCCCGGAGGGGGAGCACCAGUACAAAUUUUUUGUGGAUGGCCAGUGGGUCCACGACCCUUCUGAGCCUGUGGUCACCAGCCAGAUGGGGACGAUCAACAACCUGAUUCACGUCAAGAAGUCUGACUUUGAGGUGUUCGAUGCUUUGAAGGUGGAUUCACUGGAGAGCUCAGAAACCUCAGGUCGGGAUUUAUCAAGCUCACCACCUGGACCUUAUGGCCAAGAGAUGUACGUAUACCGGCCGGAGGAACGCUUCAAAUCCCCACCCAUCCUCCCACCUCACCUCCUCCAGGUCAUCCUGAACAAGGACACCAAUAUCUCAUGUGACCCAGCACUGCUGCCUGAACCCAACCACGUCAUGCUCAACCACCUCUACGCGCUCUCCAUCAAGGACGGUGUGAUGGUGCUCAGUGCCACGCACCGCUACAAGAAGAAGUACGUCACUACGCUGCUGUACAAGCCCAUCUGA